CCUUUGGCUCUCGUCCAUCCAAAGGAUCGGAAAACAACAACACACAGCCCUUACCAUACCGGGGACGUACAGAUUUUGUCUGAUCUAAGAUAGAAGCAGAUCGAGAGAAAGAAAACCAAGUACGAGCAUCAUCAUCCACGACUCCAAGUGAUCAAUAGAUCAUCAUCCAAGAUGAACGAUGCCGACGUCGGGAAGCAGAUCCAGCAGAUGGUCCGGUUCAUCCAGCAGGAGGCCGAGGAGAAAGCCAGCGAGAUCUCGGUUGCCGCAGAGGAGGAGUUCAACAUAGAGAAGCUGCAGCUGGUGGAGUCGGAGAAGAGGAAGAUCAGGCAGGACUACGAGCGCAAGCAGAAGCAGGUGGACGUCCGCAGGAAGAUUGAGUACUCGAUGGAGCUGAACGCGGCGCGCAUCAAGGUGCUGCAGGCGCAGGAGGACAUCGUGAGCGAGAUGAGGGAGAACACGUGCAAGACGCUCCUUCGCGUCACCAAGGACACCAACGUCUACAGGAAGAUCCUCAAGGGCCUCAUCGUGCAGAGCCUGCUCCGGCUGAAGGAGCCGUCGGUGGUGCUGCGGUGCAGGGAGGCAGACCGCGUCCACGUGGAGCCGGUGCUGGAGGCGGCCAAGAAGGAGUACGCCGAGAAGAACAAGGUGAACCUCCCCAAGAUCAUCAUCGAUGGCAGGGUCUACCUCCCGCCGCAGAGGAUCAACGACGCCGGGCAUGGACCCUCCUGCUGGGGAGGCGUCGUGCUCGCGUCGCAGGACGGCAAGAUCGUCUGCGACAACACGCUGGACGCCAGGGUGGACGUCUCCUUCAGGCAAAAGCUUCCUGAGAUCAGGAAGAAGCUAUACGGUCACUAGGUGUCGCAAUAACUUUCCUUUGGACUACAAUCGAUUACAGUAGUACUUUUUAAUAAAUCUGGAGCUCUUCAUGACGCUUCUUCUUGUAUUCCAAGUUUCUUUAUGUGUACCAAUACCAUUGUUUACGAUACCUGCAGCGACAUGUAUGUUGUCGCAUUUGUAACUGACUAAAUUACUUGCGGACGCUGUGUUACACAGUGUAGCAUACCCCUGUCAGAUCUAUGUCGAUCUGCAUGUGUGUAUCUACUGUAUUGUACUUUGCUAAUGUAGUAGCAAUAAAACCGCGCGCGUACCAGCAAA